AUGACGGCAGGCGCCGCGUACGCCUUCACCAAGAGAUUGUACAGCAAGUGCUUCGGAGACGGUCUCGCCAUUGCUGAGCAGGCCACUUCUUCGUGUCUAUUCAUGAAGAUUCCCCUCGAGGUCCGCGUGAAGAUCUAUCAUCUUAUCCUCAAAGUCUCCGGCUUUCGCCUGCUUGUCGGCAACAGAUCUUUCGUGGCUCACGACGAGAGGGUCCCUAUCUGGGAGACCUGCUCUCAAGACGCUCUCACUAUGCCUCCCGUCCAAAGUUUCCUUGCGCUCCUCUCGGUGAACAAGGAUAUCUUCGAGGAGGCCAUGCCUGAAUUCUUCCGCCAGAACCACUUUCAGUUCACAGACAUGAGCAGCCUGAAGGAGUUCUUCCACAACAUCGGCCCAAUCAGAAGAAAGCAUAUGCGCAAUGUGUCUGUUCACUACGACAACCUCUCGGUCGCCGCGGCUGGAGCUAGGCUCCUUACAGAGUCUGAUACGCUCCAGAAGCUCACUCUCAUCAUGUCUGCCCGUAAGGAUCCUGCUGGUCACUUCAUGAUCAACCACAGCCGUCGCAAGUUUGCAACCUUGAGCAAGAUCCCUGGUUUCUCGUCUCUGAAGCGCCUUCGUGGCAUUCAGCAGUUGACCUUCGACCCUCAUCGUGACCAUGCUGUCGCUGACGCUUUCCUGCGUCCCCUCAUCACACAGCCUAAGGUUGUCAAGAAGGUCCAGACAGUUCUCAAGCGCAAGGUUGAAUCAGACGACGAUACCGCCGCCAGAAAGAAGUCCAAGGAGACUUGA